GCCUUUUACUCACGCGCACGUUAGCAUCACCCACCAUCUCAUAAAAAUCAAGUCUUUGUUUACAGUCAAUCCGUUAUCAUACAUACAUACACACCCGCCAUAUCUCUCUCUCUCUCUCUCAUCUCUCUCUCUCCCACAAUGUCCGGUCGUCGGAGACACAGCUCCGACAUGAUGAGUACACCUGACCGUUUUAGUUAUCCUCCGUCACCGUCACCCAGCUCCUAUUCUACCUACUCGUCGGAAAAGUCAACUUCUGGCCGAAGCCGAGUCAAAGGUGCUGCAAGAUCCGUUGCCGGAGUUUUUGUUGCUUGUUUUUCUCCGCCGGAUGAGGACUCGAAUCACCAUAGCUCCUCCGCGUACGGUGGUUCUGAUGCAUUCAGUUCAACAUCAGAUGUUUCGGGGGCUUCUGAUUCCACUGAAGGAAAGAAGCGUGGAACGGCUCGUGGUAUAUACGCAACUCAGAACGACUCUACACGCAUGAGAGAACCGGGAAGUAUUAAAUUCACUCUGGCGGAAAUCACCGCGGCGACGAAGAACUUCUCUCCGGCUCUUAAAGUUGGUCAAGGCGGAUUCGGGACUGUGUAUAAGGGUCAGCUUAAAGACGGAACCCUCGUGGCCGUGAAACGUGCCAAAAAGAGUGUGUAUGACAAAAAUCUAGGAGGGGAGUUCUUGAGUGAAGUUCAGGCGUUAUCAAAGGUAGAACAUUUGAAUCUGGUGAAGUGUUAUGGGUAUUUGCAUCAUGGAGAUGAAAGAAUCAUUGUUGUUGAAUACGUUGCGAAUGGAACACUUCGGGAACACUUAGAGUGUUUCAACGGCAAUGUACUUAGUCUUGCCUCACGUUUGGAUAUCGCAAUCGAUGUAGCGCACGCUAUUACUUACCUACACACUUAUACAGACCACCCUAUAAUCCAUAGGGAUAUCAAGUCUUCAAAUAUCCUGCUCACCGACAAACUACGAGCCAAGGUUGCUGACUUCGGUUUUGCAAGACUAGCAGCCGAUCCAGAAUCAGGUCAGACCCAUGUGUCGACUCAGGUUAAAGGGACCGCAGGCUACUUAGAUCCUGAAUACCUCAAGACAUAUCAACUUACUGAAAAGAGUGAUGUGUAUUCUUUUGGUAUAUUACUUGUGGAGAUUUUUACAGGCCGAAGGCCCGUUGAAACAAAACGGGAACUUGAAGAGCGCGUAACAGCUAGAUGGGCGAUGAAGAAGUUUAAAGAAGGUGAUGCGAUUUCAGUAUUAGAUCCGAAACUAGAAGCAUCGGAUGCAAACGGUAUGGUUCUCGAGAAGAUUCUAGAACUGUCUUUACAUUGUGUUAACGGUCACCGAAAAAACAGGCCAACCAUGAGGAGAUGUGUUGAGGUUUUGUGGAACAUCAGGAAAGAUUACAAAGAACUGUUGGAUUGAUAUGGUGUAUUUUUUGUUCAAACGGGCCAAACAUUUUGUAGGUUUUGAUGUUUCUGUUUUGUGGGUCCCAUAGUUAAGACACGUGGAAAUGUUAUAAAGAAAGGCUUGUUUGAGGUAUGUACAUAAAAAAUGGUACAAUGAAUUGGUUUUCUUCUCAAAUUGUUGUAAUAUACUAACAUGUUUGGUUCA